GAGGAUCCCCGGCUCCCCAGUUCAGCAGUCGGUGCUCGACCACCGGCAUAAGUGAGUUUGGGGAUAUACAGGACAGCACGCAGGAGAGCGGCGGUCUGCGGAGGGGGAAAAUGACACAACAGUCCGGAUAAAUGGCGAAAGUGAAGAUGAAAACCCACCAGCACUGGUUACUUUUUGUUUUGUUCCUUCCUUUAUAUGGUGUUUUAUGUUUCAGCGAGUUGUCCUUCAUCACAGAGCCCAGUGAUGUUACUGCACUACCAAAGGACUCUGCUGUCUUAGACUGUCAGGCUCAUGGGCAGCCUCCAGUCACCAUCAAGUGGCUAAAGAAUGGAGUUCGGUUGGCAGAAAGUGAGCACAUCCAGUUUCUGCCAAACGGCUCCUUGCACAUACCAAAGAUAAAGCAUACCAAGGAGGAAUCAGAUGAGGGAUUCUACCAGUGCCUCUCCCAAAACAAAUAUGGAGCUAUCCUAAGCCAAAGAUCACGUCUGACUAUCGCAAGUAUCUCAGAGUUUGUGUUGCACCCUGUGCCUAUGGUGGUCACUGAGGGCUCAGUGGCACGAUUCUCCUGUGCAGCCACCUCCAGCCCUCCAGCUACCAUCACCUGGGAGCUCAACCAAAGCACAUUACCCAUACAGACUGACAGAAUUACAGUUCUGCCCAAUGGAGUUCUUCAGAUCCACAAUGUUCAACUGGAAGAUGCUGGACAGUAUCGAUGUGUCGCAACUAACAUUGGUAGCCGUCUGAAGAGUAGAGAGGCCAAGCUGACAGUCAACCAAGGUGUUGGCCCAAAACCGCGUCAAAGGCCCAGGAUCAUUGCUGGACCUCAGAAUGUCACAGUUUCUCUUCACCAAACUGUAGUGCUGGAAUGUGUGGCCACUGGAAAUCCUUGGCCCAUCAUCUCUUGGAGCAGAGCUGACAGUAAACCCAUCGAUGUGUAUAACGCCAAAGUGCUGGGCAAUGGGAACCUUGUUAUUACUGAUGUCAGCUCCAAGCACAGUGGAAUCUACCUCUGCAGGGCCACUACUCCUGGAACCCGCAACUUCACUAUUGCUGCAGCUAACAUCACAGUUCUUGUGCCACCAUCCAUUGUCGAGAGGCCUGAGAGCCAGACUCGUCCAAGAGCAGGCACUGCCCGAUUCAUGUGCCAAGCAGAAGGAGUGCCUACCCCUCGCAUCAGCUGGCUGAAGAAUGGAGCAGAGGUUCACUUGAAUGGGAGGAUUAAGUUGUACAACAGUAAAUUGGUGAUCACCCAGAUAAUCCCAGAGGAUGAUGCCAUCUAUCAGUGCAUAGCAGAGAGUGAACAAGGUUCUGUGCUAUCUUUGGCACGCCUCAUUGUUGUCAUGUCUGAGGACAGGCCCAGUGCACCAAGAAAUAUCCAUGCUGAGACCAUCUCAAGCUCUGCGAUUUUACUAGCCUGGGAGAGACCUCUCUACAAUGCAGACAAAGUCAUUGCCUACUCCAUCCAUUACAUGAAAGCUGAAGGUCUCAACAACGAAGAAUACCAAGUUGUUAUUGGAAACGACACAACAAGUUAUAUCAUUGACGACCUUGAGUCAGCUCGGAACUACAGCUUUUACAUUGUGGCUUAUAUGCCAAUGGGAGCCAGUCGUAUGUCAGACCAAGUCAGUCAACAUACCCUUGAGGAUGUGCCUUUGCGUACCCCAGAGCUAAGUCUGACCAGCCACAGCUCCACAGAUAUUCAGGUGAACUGGCAGCAGCUGCCUGCCAAGUUGAGCCGUGGCCGAGUGUCUGCAUAUAGACUCUCCUAUCGCACUGCUGCAGACAGUACCGUUACCUCUCUGGAGUUACCUCAGAACAGCACUGAAUAUCUGCUCGAGGGCCUGCAGCCUGACACCAUCUACCUGCUGCGGAUGGCUGCAGCCACCCGUGUGGGCUGGUGUGAGCCUUCUGCAUGGACCUCGCAUCGAACCUCUAAGACCUCCAGUAGCAAAGUGCCUUCAGCCCCUAUUCUACAACUUGAGCCCCUGAACUGCACCUCCAUUGUGGCACGCUGGCAAAGCCCCCAAGAAUCUGUGGCUGUCCAGGGUUACCGGCUGUGUUACCAUGAAGAGGGACAACCAGAGCAGCCCAUCAUUCAGCUGCAAGCUCAGACCUAUACCCACACCAUAAGUGGCCUUGACCCAAGGAGGAAGUACCAUGUAAAGAUCCUGGCUGUCAGUCAAGCUGGAGAUGGCUAUCAGACAGACCAAACAGUCAGUACACCAGGAUGUGUUUCGGCUAGAGACCAGCCUACAGCCUCUCCUCCACCACCAGAUCAUGUGACUGUCAUGGGAAACAGUUCAUCUACAGUUACUCUACGCUGGAGCCGUCCUGCAUUCCCUUCUGGAAAGACUGUUAGCUAUACAGUCCGCUGUACACCUGUGGGAACCCACAAUGCCUCUGCCAUACGCUACAUACAAGUAACCAAACAGAGUGUAGCGGUUGAAAAAUUGUUUCCAAACACUCGCUAUGAGUUUGUUGUUCGUCUCCAUGUGGACCAGAUGUCAAGUCCCUGGAGCUCUGUUCUUUACCAUCGGACCCUGCCAGCAGCACCUAGCCAGCCACCUGCAGGGGUAAGAAUAACUCUGAUUGAGGAUGACACUGCUCUGGUGUCGUGGAGGGAGCCAACAGAGGCCAAUGUGGUUGUUACACACUACACCAUCCUGUACGCUUCCCAGAAGGCCUGGAUAUCUGGACACUGGCAAAUACUGCAGAGGGAGGGAACUCACACCAUGGCCCUGCUGGAGAAGUUGGAGCCAGGGAACAUGUACUUGGUAAAGAUUUCUGCUUCCAACCAGGUUGGAGACGGGCCUUUCUCUAACAUUGUAGAGCUGGUUCUAAAGCGUGGGAACACCCAUCGCAGCAAGAACCCCAGGCACUCUGACAGAUUCCCAGACCCCACAGUAUUAUCCGAUGGUCUUUACCACAUCGACCAGAAGUCUAUGACGGGGAUCAUUGUUGGUGUGAGCAUCGCCUUGGCCUGUAUUGUUAUGUGUGCCUUGAUCCUCAUCAGUAAGGGAAAACCAAGAAAAUCCUCGGGCCACAAAGUCAUUGCAGUCGGAGGUACUGAAGAUCCGCGUGGUGGUUUGUCCCCACUAAAUGAACACCAUGCCGACAACCUUGAGGCCCUUAUACCUAUGAUGCGUCAACACCUAUUUGAUUCUAAGGGGGGGUCCAGCAUGUUCAUAAAUAGUGCCAGUCCAGUCAAUCAAAACAAGACAUGGCUGCUCUUCCAGAGGGAGAUCAAGAAUCCAGAUGAAAGUGAUCUCGAGAGCAGAGCCAGCUUAUAUGAGGCUGGAAAAACAGUUCUGAGAUACCAGGAGCCUUUAGGAGCCGCACCCCUGCCACCUUCGUCCCAGGAGAUCAUCUUCGGACCUUUCCAUGCAGAGAGCUCUCAAAGCAGCGAGGGCAGCCAGGAGACGGGAGACUCUGGACACUACUCCAACGAAGAGAGCAACGACGAGUUGAGCAACCCUUCCACCAGUCGAAGCUCUAGACCUGAAUCCUUCGGAUCAGAUGGUGUCGUUGCUACCCCUGAGCUGAAGCAUUCUUUUCAGGUGGAAAAUGAGGAGAUGCCGAGCCAUCCCCUCCAUCACUCCUCCACCCCGGAUGCUCCUCAGCACUGCUACACCUCUGAAGGCUCCCAUCCUGCCUCAAACACUUCCCAAGCAGUCGGCUCCUGACAUCACCAGGCCUGAUCUGUCUCCAGCAGCCGGAGCUUAGCCACUUCCACCUCGUUUGCUUCCUGAGUUGAGCCCCUCAGUUAUUUCCUGAGGCACAUGGGAUCAGGAAGUCAGCUGCUGCAAAGGAGGGAAUGUGCUUUGCUUCGGAUCUACCUCAGGAUUUUGUAUGAAUGUUUGUUAUAACAUUUUAUUUCCAUUUUUUACAACUUUCUACCUUUUGUCUGUGUUUGGCAUUGUCUGUCCUAAACCAAAGCUCACCCAUGAUGAAUGUUAAAAAGAAUGUCCAAAAUGUACGGUGAUACAUUUUCAUUAUAUUUAAUUACUUUGGAACAGAGGGCGUAUUUGAGCCCGUUUGACUGAUUUAUCUACCUCCAUGUUCUGUUAUUGUACAUACAUUACUACCUCCUUUUCACCAUAUACGGUGCAGUAUUAUCUCAGACUCAGGGGACAAGGUGAAAAAUGUUCAUUGCCACGUCUGUCUUAUUUACCUUUGUUGGGGCUUUAUCAUCCUAAAGUCUUCAUAUUUGAAGCUCUCCAAGCUUUUGUUUUCACGGUUGAAAGAGCUUUUGUUUUCACGGUUGAAAGAGCUUUUGUUUCACGUUGUCUUUGAAUGAUGUAUGUUGUGGAAAAAAAACAAGUGCAUUAGAUAUUGUCAAACUAUUUGAGCUUUAUCACAAAAUAUGGUUUGGCAUUUUCAGUGCAUUGAACUCAAAGCUUUAACUUGGCCUUAAUAUCAAAAAGGGCUUUGUAUACUAGAGGAUAUGGGAUCCAAAGAUGGGAGAUGUUGAACCCAAAGAGUUUUGAUAAAACAAAGAUAUUCUAAGGCAACCAAAAAUAUAAUGGGUGUAUAUUGAGGUUGCACUUGCCAAAAUAUUGUUCUUACCAAUGAUGUAAAUUUCCUUUUAGAAUGGUGGUUUGAUGCUUUAUUCUGUAAAUUUUCCUGAUGCUUUAUUCUGGCGAAAGCUUUAGCACAAGUCUGCCCGACCUGUGUUCCAUUUGCCUUUUAGACCAUUGCUAAACGCAGCGGUGAUGCCGAUGCUAUUAUCCAAAGAGUUGUCUGCUUCCUCAGAUGGGUACAGCUUUUUAUUCUGCUGAUCCUUGGUGCCAUGAGGUGGAAAUUAUUGACACAAGACCAAAGAUCUGGUGUGUCCUGCCAGUGACGGAUGAUGAUUUGUAUUCUUUGUGCAGAGAAUCAUCUGUUACAGUUCACAAGUACUGCUGUAUGGGGAGGAAUUCUCUUUCUCUCUCCCCUAUGUUUCCUGUCCAGGUGUGACAAUGAAGGAUUCUGACUAUCAAAAUGGAAACCCAAUGUGUGAAGAGCAACAUAAUCAAUUUUUAUAUCUUUGUAAUACAAAUAAUCCUAACCAAAGAAACCUUGAAGUCUCUGUUAUUUAGUGAUUUUCUUUGGUUUUCAUUGACAUUAUUUGCAUUUAAAUGUGAUAUGAUUUCAAAAAGUUUUAAUUACUAGAAGGGCAUUUUCUAUAUUUUAAAAGCUUGAGAUGUCAUAAACUGCUCUGCUGUCUUUUAACCACCACAAGAUUUCACCUGAAUGAUACUUAGGUUACAUUGUCUUCUUAGCAUGGUGUCGUGAAGAAAAACAUUUCCCAGUUGUAAUGUUACAUUUUAGUAAAUUUAUGAGGCUGAUUUCAAGUUCAGUUUGUCUGUGUGCUGCAUUGUUAUGAUAAAGGGUUCAUUUGAAAGCCACAGAUGAAUUUGCUGACUUAACUCAGGUGCCAAAUGUAGAUUUAGAGUUUAGACUUAACUGUUAUUAUUUAAGUUAUGGUUUUCUGAUAUUUCUGCUUUUGAAUACCAAAAUACAUCUUUAAUCCAAAGAGAACGACAAAAUGAAUUAUUUUAAGUGUUGAAAUGUUGCAACAGACUUUUUUGAUACUCUCAAGAUGAUCGCGAAUACUAGAAAAUAAAAUUGUUCUUGAAAAAUA